CUUUAUUAAUAUUAUGUUAAAUAAUGGUCCGCCAGGAGCACUAGGAUUGGCUCAAGUUUCUGGAUGGAUGACUGAAGACUGUUUUGUGAAAGCGCUUGAACACUUUGUAAUACAUGUCAGGCCAUCAAAAGAGAAUCCAGCAUUGAUAUUAAUGGAUAAUCACACCGCUCAUGUAAAUCUCAGAGUGGUUGAAUUUGCCAGACAAAACUCCAUCAUAAUAGUUACAUUCCCACCACACUGCAGUCAUAAACUGCAACCACUAGAUAUCACAGCAUAUGGGCCUUUCAAAACUAAGUACCGCACUGCCAUGAAUGAAUGGAUGUUGACGAACCCUGGAAAAACAGUUACUAUUUAUCAAAUUGGGCAAUUUGUAAAAGAAGCAUAUUUGUCAGCUUUCAGUCCACCGAAUAUAACACAAGGAUUUUUGAAAACAUGA